AGAGAUGAUCGUAACAGUCUGAACAUGGAGCUGCUUAUGUUCAUGUUUGUGACUGUAAUUCCACUUAUAUCGGACGGGUUGAUUGUAAAAGGUCCCUCUGGUCCUCUGGUUGCUCCUCUGGGAUCCUCAGUGGUUUUGCCCUGUUCUGUUGAUGAACUUUUAUCAGUGGAGGGUCUGGAGGUGGAAUGGAGAAAAACGGGCUCAGAGACUCUGGUUCAUCUGUAUCAGGAUGGUGAGAGUCGAGCAGAAGCCCAGCAGCAGGAUUAUCACAAUAGAGCUCAUUUCUUUACUGAAGAGAUUCAACAUAAAAACUUCUCCCUCCGUUUGGACGAUCUGAGAGCUGAAGAUGAGGGAUUGUAUAAAUGUACAGUUUACAGUCAGCAAGAGUCUGGUGAGACUGUGGUUCAAAUAAAAGUUGAUAAUGUUGAGCGUUUGCUAGUAUCAGGAUCGAGUCGCUCCAUAUCUGCGUCUGUGGGUGAAGACGUCACUCUGAACUGCUCUGUAGACUCUCACAUCCCACCCGAAGACUUUGAGGAGGUUUCAUGGAAGAAAAUAGAUGAAGAUAUUCAGGUUCUGCUCUACCAAAACAAUGAGGCACAUUCAUCAAAUGAGCGAUACAUAGACAGAGUUGAGCUCUUCACUGCUGAAAUCCCCAAAGGAAACUUCUCUCUCAGACUGAAGAGCAUCAGAACUGAGGAUAAAGGAGUUUACAUGUGUGAGGUGUUUGCUGGAGGACUUUCAGCCAAUGCAACUGUAGUACUGGAGCAACUGGGUUUCUCUGCUUCACACAUAAUGGUGCUGAUUCUCUGUAUUUCUGCGUCUGGAUCUGCACUCCUGCUCUGCUGCCUGAUCUACUGCAGAUCUCCUACUAAAGGUUUAUUUGGCCAGCAAACAUAUGGCCAAUAUUUUUAUCUGGGAUCUUCAGUGGUUUUGCCCUGUCAUGUUGACGAAUGCUUAUUAAAGAAAAAACUGAAGGUGGAAUGGAGAAGAAAAGACACUAAGACUCUGGUUCAUCUGUAUGAAGAUGGUGAGAGUCGAUCAGAGAAACAGCACCAGGAUUAUCAGGAUAGAGCUCGUUUCUUUACUGACGAUAUUGAACAUGGAAACUUCUCCCUCUGUCUGGACAAUCUGAGAGCUGAAGAUGCUGGAGAAUACAUAUGUAAAGUUCACAGUGACCUUUUUACAGUCACCAGGACAGCAGAGACAAGUUUGGAACCACGUAAUUCGAAGUGAAAGGUUCCUUUGAUGAUCAGAUCGUUCCUCUUGGAGGUUCAGUGGUUUUGCCCUGUCAGGUUGACGGAAGCUUG